AUGGCUCCAUCAAUUUUAGCGGCGACUGUCAAAGGCUCAAAUCCAGGUGAUGUGCUUGCCAAAGCUCAAAAGUGGAUGGCCGACCGGCGGCCGUCCACGCAAUUGAUCGUGAACGUAGCAGCAGCGGCGGCUGCUGGAUCUGGCCUGGGCGCGCCGUGCGCGGCGUGCAAGAUGCUGCGGCGCCGGUGCUCGCCGGGCUGCGUCUUCGCGCCCUACUUCCCCGCCGGGGAGCCGCACAGGUUCGCCUGCGUGCACAAGGUCUUCGGCGCCAGCAACAUCAGCAAGCUCCUCCAGGAGGUGCCGGUGGAGCACCGCGGCGACGCGGUGAGCAGCCUGGUGUACGAGGCGAACGCGCGGAUGAGGGACCCCAUCUACGGCUGCGUGGGCGCCAUCACGUCGCUGCAGCGGCAGGUGGAGUCGCUCCAGACCCAGCUCGCCCUGGCGCAGGCGGAGAUGAUCAGGCUCAGGAUGGCCGAGGCUUGCGCCGCCGCGCGCCGCGGCGGCAAUGGCAAUGGAAGCAGCUCCGGCGGAGGCUCGCCGUCCUCCAUGUCCGACUACAAGACCACGCCGGACCUUCAUGUGGCCGUGGACCAGCACAACGUGAUGGAGCUGGAGUACGCCACGUUAUGGUACUAG